AUGGAAACCAGGUGGAGCAUGUGGUUAUGGGAAUCUGUACAGCCAAGGCUACGGAGUAAACACGACGGCACUGAGCACGGCCCUUUUCAACGAUGGUCGGAGCUUGUUUCGAGAUCAAGCGCGCCGAAGAUCCAAGGUGGUGCAACCCAGGAAGACCCUCCAUUUUUGUCACAGCCACCAACUUUUGUCCACCCAACUAUGCUUUACCAAAUGACAAUGGUGGGUGGUGCAACCCUCCUCGAAUCCACUUCGACCUGGCCAUGCGCAUGUUCCUCAACAUCGCCCAGUACUGUGCCAGUAUUGUUCCGAUCAAUUUCCGUCGUUGAGUGA